GUGACGGGUGACGGAGCGGUUCGGGGGUUGCUGCGUGCGGCCUUAGCAACCGAGGUCGCGCUUCUCCUCGAUCCUGCGACUGGGCCGAGCGCCGGCUGAGACGCCGAGCCCCCGUUUAGCCCAGCCAUGCUGGAGGGACUGGCAGCCUGGGUGCUAAACACUUAUAUUGGCAAAUAUGUAAAUAACCUCAACACAGACCAGCUCUCCAUUGCCCUGAUGAAAGGUGCUGUUGAAUUGGAAAACCUCCCUCUGAAGAAAGAUGCCCUCAAAGAGUUAGAUUUACCUUUUGAGGUGAAAGCAGGUUUUAUUGGGAAGAUAACAUUGCAGAUCCCGUUCUAUCGGCCUCAUGUGGAGCCAUGGGUAAUAUCCAUCUCUAGACUCCAUCUGAUUGGAGCACCUAUUAAACAGUCUGAUUUUGAUGAAGAGGCUGAACGUUCACAGGACAGGAAGAGAAAGUGUGAAUUGCUGAAUGCUCUGGAGGCAAAAUGGAAGAGAGACCAACAGCAGAAAGGGGAAUCUUACUGGUACUCGGUUACUGCUUCCAUAGUUACCAGAAUAGUGGAAAAUGUGGAGAUGAAUGUUCGAGAUGUUCAUUUGCGUUUUGAGGAUGAAAUCACUAACCCUGAACAUCCAUUUGCUUUUGGGAUCUGUAUCAAGAGUGUGUCUGUGCAGAAUGCAGAAGAUGAAUUGGUAGAGAAGUCCAUAAGAAAGAAGAGACUAAAGAUUGAAGAUUUCAGUAUUUAUUGGGAUAUGGACUGUGAAUUACUAGGAGAUGUUUCUGCUUCUGAACUCCAGGACGCAAUGGAUCAUUGCCUGGAAAACAGAGAUCACAAGUAUAUACUUGAACCCGUCUGUGCUUCUGCGCUUUUAAAGAGGAACGGAACCAAAGAACCAUUACGUUCCCGCAGUACACCACGUAUUGAGUGUGAUGUCAAGUUGAAGACAAUCCCAUUAAAACUGUCACAGAUGCAGUACCAGCAGUUGAUGACAUUCUUGAAAGAAACGGAAAGAAAGGAAAGGCAACUUAAACUAAGAAAAUGGAGACCUAAAGUUCCUAUCAAAUCAAAUUCUCGCGAGUGGUGGAAUUUUGCUCUGAAUGCCCAUCUUGCUGAAAUUCGUGAGCAGAGGAAGCGAUUAAACUGGACCUUUGUAUUACAACGAGCAAGGGACGCAGUGUUCUAUACAGAGAAGUAUCAUCAAAAGCUGAAAGGAAAUCUGAAUUCAUUAGAAGAAGAGGAGGAACUGGAGCGAAUUGAGGAUGAACAGAGUUUUGAAGAGCUGAAAAUCCUGCGAGAAAUUGUGUUUGAGCAGUUCAGGAAGCAAGAUAUACUAGCAGAGAAAGUUCGGGAGCCUCUAUCAGAACCUCUGGCUUCUUCCUCACAUUCCAAGUCAGUGCAGGAAAAUCGUAGUGGCAUGAUCCAGUAUCUACAGUCUUGGUUCCCUGGGUGGGGUGGCUGGUAUGGCUACUCUCAAAAUUCUCAGCAAAUGGGGCAGGGUGUAACUGUAGAAGGUCUCACACCUGAAGAGCAGCAGCAGUGGAAUCCAGAAGAGUCCAUAGAUGGCGAUGAGCUCUUUAAUACAAUGACAGAUACAUCAGGCAUGAAUACGUUCACAAGGAGAGACCAUGUUUUUAUUAAACUGAACUUCCUGCUACAAAGUGGAACCAUCAGCUUGCUCCGACAUGAAAGGGAGAUUAGUCUUAGUGCGAAAGAAACUGCUUUUGUGGAACUAGAGGUUUCAGGAGUAAAAAUUGGUGUGGAGUCCUCACCUCGCACAGAAUCUUCCUUGUUCUCUAUCCAACUGGGAGGCUUGUUCCUGCGAGACUUGGCAACACAGGGUUCCUUAUUCCCUGUCCUAGUUUCACCCAAACCAGAAAAAGACGCUGCGAGCUUAUCACAGACAUUAGGUAUGCACUCCACCUUGUCUGAAAAAGCCAAUCUUCAUCCAGCUUUUUAUUCUCCAUGUAAGUUGCCACCAGUAUUUGAAAUGAUCUAUGAGAAAAAUCCAGUAUGCAGUAACUAUGAGAGAAGAUUGGAAGUCAGCACUCGACCCCUCAACAUCAUCUAUAACCCUUUAGUGAUCAAGAAAGUUGCUGAUUUUUUCUACAAGGGCAAAGUGCAUACCUCAGGCUUUGGUUACCAAUCAGAACUAGAGCUACGCGUGGCAGAAGCUGCUAGAAGACAAUACAAUAAGCUCAAGAUGCAAACGAAGGCGGAGAUCAGGCAAACCAUCGAUCAGCUGUUGGUGGGAGAAUUCAUUGAAAAUGAUAAACGUUGGAUGAUGAAUUUAGAUAUUUCUGCUCCUCAAGUUAUUUUUCCAGAUGAUUUCAAAUCUGCAGAUUCCUUGCUGGUAGUUGUGGAUCUGGGUCGAAUUCUGCUAACAAAUUUUCGAGAUGAGCCCAAGAGCAGAGCCAGCGUCAGACUUUCUGUUCCAGAGGAGGAACUCAGUGAUGAUGAAUACAAGACACCACUAGCCACACCACCCAACACACCACCUCCAGAGCCCAGCUCUGAUGCUGGGUCAAAGUCCACAGAAUUCCUUGGUUUAGGAUUUACUGAGGAGCAGCUGCAGCAACAUUUUAUUAACAAUAAGCUUUAUGAGAAAUACUCACUGUCCUUCAUGGAUAUGCAGAUUAUGGUUGGGCGGGUCAUGGAUAACUGGAAGCAUGCUCAGGAUAGUGAAGUUGGGCCAACACAUGUUGUUGAGAAAUUUAAUGUGCUGCUACAAUUGGAGCGACGAUUAAUGUACACCUCUGACCCAAAUCGUCCUGGAGCCAUGCUUUGUGGCACUCUGCCUGAACUUAAAAUACAUGUAAAUGAGGAUAAAAUCAUGGCAUUGCGCAAUUUUUUGUCAAGGAUGACCACUUCCGAGAAUCAGCAGCUAUCAUGUGAGCAGCAGUCAUUGCGGCGAGAAAAAAUCUUCAAUAAAGUGGAUAGCCGGAGCAAGCUACUGGAUUCAAAGAUGAGUCUAACACAGAGUGUGAUGUCACUUGAGCAACAUACCCGUGAGGUUCUGGUUGAGUCAAAGCUACUCAUUGCAGAGUUCAAAAUUAAUUACAUGCAGUUAGGGGUGGAGAGUUGUGGACGUUACAUAUCUGUGCUAAAAGUUUUUGGCAUUAAUUCCAACUUUGUGAAGAGGCCUUAUGAUAGUGAGGUGACACUGUCUGUACAUGGUUUGCUGUUGGUGGACACGGUACAGACAUAUGGGACUGACUUUGAUUUGCUGAUGGCAUCUCACAAAAACUUGAGCUUUGACAUUCCCACAGGAAGUCUUCGUGAUAGCGGAGCCCAGUCUCCAAUCUUUCCUCACCCUACUGUCACUUCACUGGUCAAUAAUGAUAUCUCACUAGUUAAAAAUAAAAUCACAUUGAGCAACUCAGCAGCACUGGAUGAGCAAGUACCUCCAUCGUCUACUGCUCAGGACCAGGAUGUCCUGAUUAAACUGGAAUAUCAGUUUGUGAGCUCCAAUUGCCCUUCUAUGAAUUUGGAUAGCUCUUUACAAGUCAUGUCUUUGCAGGUCAACAAUCUGGAUAUUAUCCUUAAUCCAGAAACUAUGGUUGAACUCAUUGGCUUUCUACAGAAGUCCUUUCCAAAGGCCAAAGAAGAUGCAACUCCAGAGUCUCCACUUAUUGAUCCAGCAAUGAGUUUUGAAGAUGGAGAGUCUAUUCAGUCUACCUACGAUCAAAAUACACAAGUGGCAGUAGAAAUCCAUCGGCUAAAUGUGUUACUUCUCCGGACUGUUAGGCUAACAAGUGGGGAGAAACUGGGAAGAAAAAUUGCUACAGCUAGUAUCAAUGGCACCAAGGUAAAUGUUUCAAUGGGCAGUCGAUUUGAAAUGAAUGGAUCUCUUGGCUGCCUUCAGUUACUGGACUUGACACAAGAUGAAAUAAAAAAUCAUUUUGUAGUAAGCAUUGGAAAUACAGAAGCAUAUGAAACAGUUAGUGAUUUUGGGUUCUUUCAGUCUAUCAUGAGGUCUGAAACUGAGCUGAAUCGUAGUGAAGCUUUGAGCUUUACAUUUAUUGAAAAAUCACAAGAGGAGUUUAUGUUGAGUCUGCACAUGGCAUCAUUACAUUAUAACCAUUCACCAAAAUUUCUUAAGGAACUUUCCUUAUCCAUGGAUGAACUUGAAGAUAACUUCCAAAAUAUGCUAAAGAGUGCAGCUUCCAAAGUCUCCACUGUCCUGGUAAACAAAACAGCUGAGUACAGUGAGAUGGUUUUACUUUUUGAAAAGCCACGUAAGUCAAGGGAUAUGUUUGAGCUUGAUGAUGAUGUUAAUGCUGGGAUGGAAGCUCCUGAGGAUAACCCAGUGAAAUUAAUCUUGAACAUUAACAUUGAGUCACCUGUGGUUGCAGUCCCACGGAAGCCUGGAAGCUGUGAGCUAUUGGUUGGACACUUGGGCCGGACUUCAAUCCAGAAUUUUGUAACUGGUGAAGAUGAUUCUGGGAGGGACCGACUACAAGUGGAAAUUAAAGAUAUCAAAAUGUACUCCCUCAAUAACAGCGUGCACUGUUCCAAGACCGAUGCCAGUGAAUCUCCUCAGUCAGCUUCUGGUGCUGCUAGCACCUCCAGUCAGGAAGAAAUGCAUUUCACACGACAAAAUUUCUUUGAUUCUGUGCACAAGGGUCAAGCCUUUCAUAUCCUGAAUGACACCACAAUCCAGUUCGUUCUAGAGAAAAUCCCAGUCGACACAGAUCCAGGGUUAUCAUUUCCAGCUGUAAAUUCUUCAGAUUCCUUUGAAAUAACCAAUAAAAUGAAGAUAGAAGGAAAAUUUGUCAAUCCUUUGAAGGUAACAUUAGCGAAGCAUGUUUAUGAACAGGUCCUACAGACACUGGAUAACCUGACAUACAGCGAGGACCUCAGCAAAAUCUCACAUAGUUCAACUGCUGAUGUGUCAGACCACCAUAAUGUUCCUUCACCGCUGAGAAGCCUUAAAAUCUCUGAUCUUCAACGAGAAUGGAAAGAGAGUGGUCUUUUUGGCCGAGUGAGCUAUCCAUCCACUCCCGUUGAUUCCUUUCCAAUUCCAGAGUCAAAAUCAUUCACUCAAAUUCAAGCUAAUUUCUGCAUCUCUGAGUUACAGAUUCAGUUGUGUGGUGAUCUUGCACUGGAAGCGCAAGGAUUGGUUAGUUUAAAGUUUAAAGACUUUGAAGUUGAAUUCAGUAAAGACCAGCCUCAUACUCUGUCUAUUCAGGUAGCUUUGCGGUCACUACUGAUGGAAGAUUUACUGGAAAAAAAGACAGACUCUAAGUACAAGCAUUUAAUGGUGUCCAGAGGAGCACCCAAGCCUUCCAGCUUUACACAAAAGGAAUAUUUGUCCCAGUCUUGUCCUUCUAUCUCCAAUGUAGAGUAUCCUGAGAUGCCACGAUCCCUCCCAGCCCACAUGGAAGAGGCACAGAAUGUGUUCCAGUUUUACCAACGGCCAUCCUCUACACAAAGAAAACAUAAAGAAGACAAAGAUUCAGAAUGCCUUCGGACCCCUCCACCAUCCCCAAGAUUGAAAAGCUCUAAGGCGUGCUGUACCAGAACAAAUUUUGAUGAUUCAUUAGUGCAUAUUAAUAUUUUUCUUGUGGAUAAGAAACAUCCUGAAUUUUCCACACGUUACAAUAAGGUCAACAGGAAUUUGGAUGUGGACUUCAACUGCUUGGAUGUGCUGAUUACACUUCAGACCUGGGUAAUGAUUUUGGAUUUUUUUGGGAUUGGAUCAACAGCCACCAAUCAUGGCUUGAAACCCCCUGUGGAAGAACUUCAACCUCAGGCAAGACCUGAUGAGACAGAUGUGUCAUCUGAUGCUCGCCAGGAGCCAGUAAACACAAAGUUAGAUCUGAAGGUUCACUCGCUGUCUCUGGUGUUAAAUAAGAAGACAAAUGAACUUGCCAAAGCCAAUGUGUCCAAACUGGUGGCACAUCUUGCAUUGAUAGACAGAGACUUUGCUUUGCAAGGCAGUCUUGGCAGCCUUUCAUUAAGUGAUUUGACAUCUCAUGGAGAGCUGUAUAGGGAGCGCUUCACCACCAGUGGCAAAGAGGCACUAGUGUUCAACAUUUACAAGUAUGGCCGAGCAGAUCCAUUGCUACACCGAGAUUGUGACAUGAGAGUGAGUUUCCAGAUGGCAUCGGUGCAAUAUGUGCACACCCAACGCUUCCAGGCCGAGGUGGUGGCAUUUGUACAGCACUUCACGCAACUGCAGGAUGUACUGGGGAGACAGAGGGCAGCCAUAGAGGGGCAAGCGGUGCGAGAUAAGGCACAGAGGGGCUCUCGAAUCCUGCUUGACAUCGAGGCUGGUGCACCAGUUCUCCUGAUUCCAGAAAGCUCCAAAUCGAACCAGCUGAUUGUGGCAAACCUUGGUAAACUAAAAGUGAAGAACCGAUUCUUGUUUGCUAGGUCGCCUGGGACAUUCUCGCUACGAAACAAGGAUUCUGAGAAUUCAAACCUGUGUGAAGAAAUAUACCAUGAGAAGACAACCAUUCCUUGUAGACCCGACAAAUUUAGCUCUGGUGCCAGCUCCUCCGGUAAAGCUCACCUUAACAAGCCACAUAAUAUAUCUGAGGCUGGCGCAAAAUGGAAAACGCAGGAAGGACAACAUGAACAGCCACAAGUUGUGGAGCUAACGGAAUCCAAGGAAGAUCAUAUCUGCCUGUUGGACUGCAUUGUAGUUGACCUACAAGACAUGGAUAUCUUCACUGCUGAGAGACACCCCAGAGACCGUGCUGGAAGGCCUGAGAACUGUGGAUCAGACCUUCUUUUCCCAUCUUACGUCGUCAGACAUGUUGAUGGGAAUCUGCUGAAAGAACGAUGCUGUCUAAAACUACAAGUUGAACGGAACCUGGAUAAGGAGAUCAGCCAUACAGUCCCUGAUAUGGCUAUCCAUGGCAGUUUGUCAUCAGUUCAUUGCUCCCUGGAUCCUAGUAAAUACAAGUUAAUCCGUGGAUUAAUACAGAACAAUUUAGGAGAACCUAUUGAAGAGUUCAUGAGGCCAUUUGAUUUACAGGACCCCAGCAUACAUACAGUUCUCAGUGGAGAAGUUUAUACAAGCAUGUCCUUUCUCAUCGAUAUGAUGAAUGUUAGCUUGGAGCUCCUAGAAUCAAAGGGCAAGAAUACAAGCAGUACUUCACUGGCAAGAUUCGAUUUCAAAAAGUCAAAAUUACUUUACGAGAGUUUUUCAAAUGCGACCAAGUCUGUAAAUCUGGUCUCUCACUCAAUGAUGGCUUAUGACACACGAAGCACUGGACAAGCAAUGAACCCUAACAUCAAAACAAAUGUAUUUCGAUGCAUUUUGGAUGCAUCAAAGAGUGGUGGCAACCAAGCCUCCCUACAAAUGGAGCUGCAUUACAGGUCGACCAGAGAUGCUUCAAGUUUCACUGUGGUUCUGAAUAACCUGCGUGUUUUUGUCAUAUUUGAUUGGUUGAUGCUUGUGCGGGAUUUCCUGCAAACUUCUGACAGCCCAAAAAAGCCAGAAAAUGUCUCACCUGCUCGUGAACGAAAAGUUGGUAAUGAAGUCCUGGUUCCCAAAACUGUGAAGUAUGGAGUCAUUACAAAACGUUCUUCUGUGCCAAUGCCAAAUGAGAAGUACUUGGAAGUGAAAAUCAAUGUAACUGGUACUGAAUUUGUUGUGGUUGAGGACAUGUCAUGCCAUGAUACAAAUGCAGUCAUUCUGAAGGCAACAACUGUGCUCACCUAUAAGCCACGACUAGUGGAUCGACCAUUCUCUGGUAGUCUUGGAGGAAUUGAGGUAUUUUCAUGCCGCCUUGGCAAUGAGCAAGAAACUGCAUUGUCCAUUAUUGAUCCUGUAAAUGUGCAGAUAGAAUUGAUUGGAAAUCCUACCUACCAGAAGAGCUCUGGUCUGCUGGACGCCUUUGGAAGUGAGGAUUUCCCACCAGUACUUGAGAUUCAAUUCUCUAGUCUUGAUAUCAGACUUUCAUACAAUGAUGUGCAGCUUUUCCUGGCAAUAGUCAAGUCCAUACCUAAGCAAACCACUACAGUGCCUCUUGUGCCUAAUCUUGAGUCAGUGAAUGGCAGCACCAACUCAGUUCGUUUGACUGGCAGCUCAACAGCAGGAUCUGGGAAAAGUAGACAUGAAAUGGAUCCUGUCCUUGAGUUGCAGCUGGAUCGACUCCAAGACCUUGGAUUUAACCUGGAUGAUUGCCGUAAAGCAUUGCUGCAAUCCAAAGGUCAACUGAAUCAAGCAGCUAUGUGGUUGUUUAAGAAUGCUGAGCCGGUGUCAGCAAGUGCAGCGACAGUAGGCAGCAAUGGCCGUGGAGCAGGUGCAGCAUCACUGAUUUCUGGGAUCGAGAUGAAAGCUGAGAACAUCUGUAUCUGCUUGAUUGAUGACUGCAUGGAUUGUGAUGUACCUCUUGCUGAACUUACCUUUUCAAGACUAUACUUCCUCCAGAGAAUAGGAUCAAACCCAGAGGGGUCUGCUAAUUUUACUCUUUCCGGAGAUUAUUACAACCGUGAGUUGUCAGGCUGGGAACCUUUUGCUGAGCCUUGGACAACUUUCCUGAGUUGGCAGCAACAAGCAGCGAGCCGUCUUCACCCACCUCGCCUUAAGUUGGAUCUCCAGACAAAACAACGGCUUGACAUCAACAUCACGUCUGUUCUGAUGGAGCAGUACAAAAGGACGAAAGCCUCCUGGAUUGCUGACUAUUGUAAAGAAGAAAGUGAUCAUUCCGAAACAUCCCAGCGGAGGACUGGAAUACACAUCGAACCAUUACUUGGACACAGCAGCCCUCUUGCCUGUCUUAGAACUAGAAGCACUGCCAGUCUGACAAACCUAGAGCGGCAGAUAUUUGCCAGAGCAGAAGAGAAGAUACCUAAGCGACGGCAACCAUUUGUGCCAUAUGCUCUCAGGAAUCAUACAGGAUGUACCAUGUGGUUUGCAACACUUACAACCACUCCAACAAGAGUGGCCCUGUCUCACAGUGAAAGCCCAGGGUAUAUACAUGAAGAAUCUGUGGCUGACCUUGAUGACCAGCACAAUGUCAGCCAGUGGCGUGAGGUGCUUCCAGGAGAAGAAGCUCCUUUUGAGUUUGAAGCUAGGGAAAAACUCAGACACAGACACACCCAUGAGUUGAAGAUUCAUCAGCUUUUGGUGCGGGUGAAUGGGUGGGAACAAGUAAGUCCAGUGUCUGUCGAUAAAGUCGGCAUCUUCUUCCGAUGUGCAGCACCUGACCGAAACAACCAAUCUUCCAUGGUUGGAAGUCCCAUCAGCAAGACCAAUAUAAUACAUCCACAUGUAUAUUUCUCAGCACUUCCACCUGUACGGGUGGUGUUCUCUGUGACCCUUGAAGGGAGUGCAAGGAAAGUGAUAACAGUCCGCUCAGCAUUAAUAGUAAAAAACAAAUUGGAGGUACCCAUGGAAUUGAGACUGGAUAGUCCCUCUGCUCCAGACAAACCAGUGGUGCUGCCACCUGUGCUGCCAGGUGACUCAGUAGCAAUCCCUUUACACUUAACAUCAUGGCGUCUACAAGCAAGACCAAAUGGAUUUGGGUUGUUUUUCUGUAAAGCACCCAUCCAUUGGACUAGUGUUGCAAAAACAGGUGAAGUGAACAGCAGCAAGCGAGAGUGUCAUUCGUCAGACUGUGAUGACAAUAGUUGCUUCAGGUAUUGUGUGGCAGUUAAGAAAGAGAACUACCCUGACUACCUACCCUUAAAUUUGAUGUCUGGCAAUGCUAUGCAGGUUUACCGACAACCAGGUCACACCAUCUACUUGCUGCCUACCCUUGUUUUGACAAACCUGCUUUCCUGUGAGCUUUCCUACUAUGUUAAAGGCACUCCCAUCAAUGGGUCAUUAAAACGAGGGAAAGAGGCUGUACUACACACAGCUGACACAUCUCAGAACAUUGAACUUGGAAUUACACUUGAAAACUUCCCCAUGUGCAAGGAACUGUUAAUACCAGCAGGAACCACAAACUAUCAUGUUCGAAUGCGUCUCUACGACACUAAAAAACGACUGUUAAACCUGAGCAUUCGGAUUGUGUGUCGGGCUGAAGGUUCUCUUAAAAUACUCAUUUCUGCACCUUACUGGCUCCUCAAUAAGACAGGACUGCCACUCAUUUUUCGACAGGACAAUGCAAAGGCUGAUGCAGCAGGGCAAUUUGAGGAGCACGAGCUUGCACGAAGUCUCAGCCCCCUUCUGUUCAGCUUUGCAGACAAAGAACAACCUAAUAUGUGUACCAUGAGGAUUGGGAAAGGAAUCCAUCCAGAUGCAAUACCUGGAUGGUGUCAGGAGUUCUCUCUGGAUGGAGGCAGUGGUGUCCGAGCUGUGAAAGUGAUUCAACAUGGGAAUAGACCAGGACUUAUUUAUAGCAUUGGAAUUGAUAUCCGGAAAGGGAGAGGCCGCUACAGAGAUACCAACAUUGUGACAUUUGCACCCAGAUACCUACUGGACAACAAAUCCUCUCACAAACUAGCUUUUGCCCAACGGGAGUUUGCUAGGGGCUUGGGGACACAAAAUCCAGAUGGUUACAUUUCAACUCUCCCUGGUGCCAGCGUGGUUUUCCACUGGCCAAGGAAUGAUUAUGAUCAGUUAUUAUGUGUGCGCUUGAUGGAUGUUUCCAACUGCAUUUGGUCAGGAGGCUUUGAGGUGAACAAGAAUAGUUCCUUCCACAUAAACAUGAGGGAUACACUAGGGAAUUGUCACCUUCUACGGGUAGAAAUCACUCUUAAAGGAGCAACAUACCAUAUUGCAUUUAGUAAUUCUGAACAGCUGCCACCACCCUUUCGCAUUGAUAACUUUUCAGAGGUGGCUAUUAUUUUCAAUCAACAUGGUGUGGCAGAGCCAAGACUUAAGACAGAAGUAAAGCCAUCAGCGUCACUGGAUUAUGCCUGGGAUGAGCCUGUUCUUCAGCCUUUCAUUACGCUAUCAGUAAAAGGGGCAGGUUCAUCAGAAAUUACCUGUGAUAUGAAUGACUUCAAAGAGUCUAAACAGCUUUAUUAUGAAAAUUUCAUCUACAUUGCUGCCGCCCAUACCUUCUCUAGGCUUGGAGAAUAUUCUGGAAGGCCUGCUGCUCAAGGUUCAGAGAAGAAAAAUAUUAGAUUUGCAGAAUUAGUUCUGGAUGUUGCACCCAAAACUGGAAGAGUGAUCCUAAAGAAAAAGGAACCAGGUAAAAGAUCACAGCUUUGGCGCAUGACUGAAAGUGGAAUGCUAUGCCACGAGGGUUCUUCUCCACCUCAUAAUCCCAACAAACCCUCUUCUAAUAAACAACCAAAUUCUGGAUUGGUCCUUGAUAUUGCAGGCUUGAGUGCUGUCACCGACUGCAGGUUUGAACCACUGAUGGUGAGAAAGCCAGAGCGACGUCGCAGCACCACCCAGAGUUGGUAUUUCCAAGAUGGUCGUCUGAGCUGUGGCCAACCAAGAAUGGUAGUACAGGUAACCAGAGGCAUUUCAGGCUUGUACGAUGGAGCAGAAGUAGUACUUGGUCCAGAACCAACCUUUGGCUUCGAACCAGUUCCAGUUGAGCAGCAGUUCAUAAACCAGAAAAUGAGACCUGGUUCAGGAAUUCUUUCUUUACGAGUUAUUCCUGAUGGUCCUACGCGAGUGUUGCAGAUUACCGAUCAACAGCAUCGCAGAACUAAUCGCUCCCUCACGGGAACUGAGGAAUAUUCAAUAGCUGAAAUCAGUGAAAUUAGGAAGUUAAAGAAUUUGGAAGCUGAGCAAGAGUUAGAGAUUUUAGUGAAACUGGAUGGUGGAGUUGGUUUAUCGUUAAUCAACAAAGUCCCUGAGGAACUGGUAUUUACUGCUUUAAGAGGGAUAGAUGUUCAUUACACAAAGGUUGCCACUGGUCAGAUGCUAGAAGUCAGCAUCCAGGAUGUACAGAUUGAUAACCAACUUUUGGGAACAACACAACCUGUGAUCCUCUCCCUAACACCCAACACCCCUGAAAGUGAAGCAGAAACAGUUGAAUCUGGUCCUGCUGUUCAGAUCAACGCUAUGAAGAUCACAAGUAGGAGUGCACUGACUGAACUCUUCAAACACCUCAUGAUUACAGUACGGAAGUUGACAGUUCAAAUUGAAGAAAAGCUCCUGUUAAAACUAUUGCAUUUUUUCGGCUUGGGGCAGUUGGACCAAGAUGUAGAAAAGCCAGAUGAAAAUGCCCCUGAGCAGAACAGUGAGAAAAGUGGAACAGCAAAGCGCUAUUACUUUGAAAACCUCAAACUCAGCAUGCCACAAAUCAAGAUGAGUGUAUUUACUUCUAGCAAGUUACCUGUUGAACUCAAGGCUUUGAAGAGCAUGUUGGGAAUCCGGUUGAUCCGCUUUGAGGAUGCAGUUAUUCAUUUGGAUCCAUAUACCAGAGUGCACCCAUAUGAGACGCAGGAAUUUAUUAUCAAUGACGUUCUCAAACACUUCAAGGAGGAAUUGAUGAGUCAGGCGACUAGAAUACUGGGCUCGGUGGAUUUUCUCGGUAAUCCAAUGGGACUUCUGAAUGAUGUGUCCGAGGGCGUUUCAGGAUUGAUAAAGUAUGGAAACGUUGGAGGCCUAAUACGAAAUGUCACGCAUGGAGUCUCCAAUUCAGCUGCUAAGUUUGCUGGCACUUUAUCAGAUGGAUUGGGAAAGACAAUGGACACCAGGCACCAAGCUGAGCGGGAAUCCAUUCGCUAUCAAGCUGUGACCAGUGGUGAACACCUCGUGGCUGGAAUUCAAGGACUGGCUCAUGGUAUUCUGGGUGGCUUCACAAGUGUGAUUACUUCAACAGUUGAAGGAGUGAAAACAGAUGGUGGUGUUGGUGGUUUUUUCUCAGGUCUUGGAAAGGGCCUGGUUGGUACAGUAACCAAGCCAGUGGCAGGUGCUCUUGACUUUGCAUCAGAGACAGCUCAAGCAGUGCGAGAAACCACAACUGUGAACAACCACAGAAUGCUUAACCAGAGGAUUCGAAAGCCACGUUGUUGCAUUGGUCCCCAUGGUCUACUACCCCACUACUCAGAGAGGCAAGCAGAAGGGCAGGAACAGCUUUUCAGAGUGACUGACAACAUUCAGGCUGAAUUUUUCAUUGCAGUGGAACAGAUCGACAGCUAUUGUGUUCUCAUCUCCUCGAAGGCAGUGUAUUUUCUGAAGCACGGUGAAUAUGUUGAUAGAGACGCCAUUUUCCUGGAAGUCAGAUAUGAUGACCUGUACCAUUGCCUUAUCACAAAGGACCAUGGAAGGGCAUAUUUACAACUGACAAAAAAGGCUGAGAGUUCGAGCAGUGGUGUGGCCAUACCUGGGCCAUCACAUCAUAAGCCAAUGGUCCACGUCAAGUCAGAGAGUCUCGCACUUAGGAUCUCGCAAGAAAUUAAUUAUGCCAAAAGCCUCUACUAUGAGCAACAGCUCAAGCUACAAACCAACGAGAAUCAAGAGAAUCUGGAGCUGGACUCCUAGUUACCUCUCUAGUAGCUGACCACAAGCAACGAAGUACAAUUACAAGACCACUCAAGCCUCUAUUACAGUUUAUUGGAUAAGCAUGAGUGUUAUGAACUCAUUUCCUUUCAACCUCAUUCCUGAUGCCUAUUUGAAGCAAUCAGGUAGAGAAGUAAUUAUAUGCUUGAUUUUGGGGGUAGUUUAUUAUAGAAACUCUGAUAAGGAGCGGGUUCUGUUCAAAAUGUAUUUUACUUUUUAUAUAUUGUAUUUACAAAACAAAAUUGUGACAGAGGAGUUCUUUAUAUUUUACUAACCUGUACAUACCUGUAAUAUUACUUCCUUGUAAAUAUUUAGAAAGAUCUCGCAAAAACUGUUAUGUACAGAAGCAGCAUUCAAAACCAGCUGCAGCAUAAUAGAGCAAAUUACUUAUUGCACUAGUACUGUUCAUAAAAGUAUUUGGUUUUUCAGGGCAAUCUAAGCUCUGAAGAGUAGUCAGGGAACUUACUUCCAAAAAGACCUCCUUGCUACUUUUCUCAGAUCCUUCCUUCUUUCCUUCCCAUCUCUUUGUAUAUAGAAACUGACGGGCAAGAAUUGUUGGACUGUGCAAGGAAUGAAUUUUGUGCGGGAGCAAUAUGUUUGCAGCUUGGCAUAGAAAGUGUCAUGUUUUCCAUAAUACAAUUUCAGGAUGUUACAGUUAUGAUAGUACCUAAAAGUUUAAAGCACAGUGAGGUGGCUCAGUCUUAGGUGAGGAGUGACUGAGUUAGGAAGAGCACUGUAUGGCAGUGGCUGAAAAUUUCAUUCAAAGACUAUAAUUCUGUCUUCCUUCUCUUCAGUUGGAGUGAAAUUGAUGCCAGUUUGGUAUUAUGAUUUCACCUCAAAGAAGCAUAGAAUAGAAACAAGUGAAAUGGUAUCCGAUCGUAGAAUAUAGUUGCCCGUUGAGAAAAGCUAUUGAAUAUGUUCAGAUUCUAACUGCAACUGGAGCAAGUUUGUGACAGGGCAAGGAUCUCUGUAAUUGUUACUGCACUGAAAAUUAUUGUAAGUAUAUUUAAAGUAUGUAUGUAUGCACUGAAGUCAGAGCCUCUAGCUAGGUAUUUAGAGGUUUGGAGUAAAGGAAGAUAUAGAAAGAUUAGAGUGCAUCCACAAUACAAUGGGCCCAUAUCUUUACACUGUUCACAUAUGUUGAAUAAGAUUUCAUUGCAUUUUUUCCCCCAUUAUGUCGCAAGGAAUCACUAUGUACAAUCAGUUUAUUGAUUGGUAUGAAUGGGACAGCCUGUGGUCUUUGAAAUGGAGAGAGAGGUUUGGUGGCUUCCUGAUAAUUUGGAAUUGAAUGGAACAGCCAAUGAUGUCACACGUGUAAGCAUCUAACGUGACAGCUCCAUUUUGCAAACUGGACAGAAGAUGGCUUUCUUUGGGAAAAACUGAGCGAGUUCAGUUUCCACAACAUGUUGCAUAGCAGAUCUCUCUAAUGGUCUUUGAGAAUCACUGAUCAUUUUACUUGAUGAAGCACCUUGUCUAGUUUGUUGAUCAGUUCCAUCAAGUAGAAAAGCAUUGGUAAUUGUUAUUUCUGCAUUGCUCUGAAAUCAAUCUCCGAGAUUAUUAUCUACACUCUUCCAAACUGGGGCCAGGUGGAGAAGACUGCUAUUUUCCUGGGAGUGAUGUGUGACAGGAUAUUCUUUUUUGCCCGAUGUGGUUGAUUUUUGUGCAAUUUUUAUUAUCAAAUAAAAUUAAUUAUCACAAAAGGAAAUGUGUAUGUAUAUUAUUCAUUUUGUGGCAUUUUAUGAUUGCCAUUAAUACUGACUUUGUGCUAAUAAUGUACUUACCAUCUUUUGGAGCUUAAAUG